UGGUGGGACGGUCACAGGCUCCAAUGAUCCUACGGGAGCCCUCCACUCGCCGUUGGGGGACUUCCCUGACGCCCAUUCACCUCAGAUGGGAUCCACGUGUAUCCAAGAUGCCUCCCAACUGUGCCCAGGUACCUGACAGAAUGGACAAGGCCUGUGAAAUGACAUACAAAAUGUUAAACAGCCCUUUGGGGAAAAUAGAGAUAUCUGGUUGUGAGCAAGGUCUGCAUGGGAUAAGGCUCCUGGGCAAGAAGACCCUGAAAACUGAGCCCAUGGAGGCCCCAGCUCCUCCUGAGGUUCCUGGUGUUCCAGAGAGGAUGACGGAGCCCCUGAUGCAGUGUGCAGCCUGGCUGAAUGCCUAUUUCUAUGAGCCCACAGCCAUCAAAGAGCUUCCCGUUCCAGCUUUUCACCAUCCCAUUUUCCAGCAAGAUUCAUUCACCAGACAGGUGUUAUGGAAGCUGCUGAAGGUUGUGAAAUUCGGAGAAAUGGUUUCUUACCAGCAAUUAGCAGCCUUGGCAGGCAACCCCAAAGCAGCUCGGGCAGUGGGAGGAGCAAUGAGAAGCAAUCCUAUCCCCAUUCUCAUCCCGUGCCAUAGAGUGGUCUGCAGCAGCGGGGCCAUGGGCAACUACUCCGGAGGACUGGCUGUGAAAGAAUGGCUUCUGGCCCAUGAAGGCAGCCAGGCACAGAAGGCAGCGCCGGGAGGGAGCUUGGGUCCAACUGGGACCUGGCUCAGGGCAGCAGGUAGCACCACCAGCUCCCAGCAUGCUGGCCGAAAUUGAGUGUGUAUAGGAGGGGUAAACAUUUGAGUGACAUAUAAAUGUAAUACCACAUCUGAAGUGGGAGCAUGGUGGCACCACAAUAUUAAAAAAGCUGGAUGUAUCCUGAG